AUGGCGAGUAUCUCAUCUUCCACUGCGACCAUAUCGCAAAAUGGUCAAUCGGAUCUAGACCAAGACCGUAAACGCUGGUUUGCAGAGUUCGAAGCGCUCAAAGCCCGCUUUGAGGCUGAAAAGGAGAAUAUAAACGCCAAAUUCACCCAGCAGCAGCGUGACGCCUGCCACGAUCUCGACGAGGAGGCCCGCUUCGCCGACACGUUAAAUUUGCCACAAAAAGCUCGCGAGCUUCUUCAAAAGUAUCAGCACGAACUCCGAUCCCAUCGAUAUGCCGCCUGUCAGCAAAGGCGUGAUGUCGAGGAAAAGGACCGCGCAAGACGCGAAGCAGACGCUCUUCGAGAACAUCACAUAGGUUUCCCCGUGCCCGGCAACUACUCUAUACGCAACACCGGUUAUCCCCCAAACGCUGGCAUGCUGGGACGUACGCCAACAAACCCGUCGGCUCAGAUUGUUGGCGCGCGCGUUGGUCCAGCUGGGCGCGGCUCGCCUUCAACCAUGCCGAUGAGCACACCUCCCCAGCAGGCACGUCAGCCCCUACCACAAGGCCCCAUGGUGCCAAAUCAGCCUAUUCAGCAGCGGCCGACAAACGGAAUGCCCGGCCACGGCAGCUCGGCCCCGAUGCCGUCUCAACUCGACCACCAAAGUCGUCAGUCACAGCAGGUCAACCAGGGCCACCCAACUCAAGGACAGGCCUGGAUUCACCAUAACCAACCUGGCCAGCAGCAGGUCUCACCUCGAACUUCAGCCUUGUAUCACCCGAAUCGGCCAGUCAACAACCCGGUGACAAACGGUGCCCCUCGGGUGCUUCCUUCGCAACCACAUGUUCCUACAUUGGGUAGCAAUCAUUACGGCCCUCCGAGAGCCGGGUCUGGACAGCCUGUCAAUGGCACUCAGCACAACCUAGCUGAUCGUAGUAACCGGGUACCUCUGCCGCCCAUGAAUGCUGGCCCCAUGGGUUCUCGCGUGGAUAGACUACAGGCGGGUGAUGGGAGAAACUUUGCGCAAGGCGCCAUGUUACGAGCGGAAGAUGGGUUGAGACAUUCUGUAGACUCCCACUCUGACCGCCAUAAGAUGGCCAAGAGGAAGUCGGAUGCCAGCGACAUGUCAUCUAGAGAUGCAGAUCCGAAGCGCGCAAGAACUGAUACGCCACAGUCAAUAGCUCCCAGGACGAUCACCUUUGCCGAAGUUUACCAGGACGGCAAAGCGGAAUACAAGCACAACAUCGUCAAAUUUGAGGACGUUUUCUAUAUUCUGCGAUGCGACGAACACGGUGUGCAUUUCAAGCAGAAUGCACUCGCAGCGGCAGCCAAGCACCUCCACGGCGCUUCCCAUGGUCAUCAGAAGAAGGAGCACAAGUUGGCGGUCGAAACUAUCGGAUUCCACGUCGUGGAUUGUACGGAGGAGCUCGCUGUAAUGAACAACGAAUGUGUCCGCCUUGCUUUCGAAAAUGGUUACAAGCCCCUGAACCAGCUGCACGGCCCGAAAUCUGGUGGCAAACGACAAUCGGCCGCUCACACGAUGGCUCCUGUCAGGGACCCUUCAGUUUCCGAUUCAUCAUUCCAGGCGACCCCCAAUAGCGCGGGACCUUACCAAACGAAGUUGGAAUCGAGAUCACAGGAGGAGAAGCAGCAACGUGGUGGGGAUCACAUUAUGAAUCCAAUUCCGGGUGAUAUUUACCACGCAAAAUGGCCAAGGAGCAACAAGCUCUACAUUGUUAUGAUACUGGGCUGGACAUCCUUGAAGAUGUGCGGAUGGGAUGGCUGGCUCAGCGACACACAGCUUUGCGAUAAGAAGAUCAGGCCUACGUGCUAUACGUACAAUGACGAAGGAAUUGGUGGCUGGGCGCCUGGUUACGGAGAUGGCGAGCCGCGUGAGUUGGAUAGGGAUGUCCCCGUUCUGUGGUUUGAAAAGAAUGGCAACACCAGAUUGGGUUGGCUUGGCGUUAAAUUCAUUCUGAAGCCUUUGCUGCUUGACGACCCUGACCGAUCCACCGAUCCCUUGGACCCGGCCAACAACGCGAGAAAGAAGUAUGCUGAGAUCCGUGGGUACGACUCGUUCGAGGCCAUGCUGGCCCAUGUGCAGGCAAGUCAAUCACCGGCAGGAGCAGAAUUGGAGUCGACGACAGAGACGGCGACGACGGGGACAAUUCCCGCGAAGCUGCCGUCGUUUGCUUCGGCAUCGGACUCGGACCCUGUACCCGAUGUUGACAUGUACGACUUUGGCGACAAUCCUCCUCCAGCUGACGAUUCGGAUGACGAAGACUACGUGGAACCGAAGCGCCGAAAUGGCCAGGAUUCAGAUGACGACAUGGCGGAUAUCGACGAGGGCCCAACUACGCCUCAGCAGCCUCUCAGGCGGAGCACUCAGGAGGUGCGGCCUACGUCGCGGCUGAGCGAGAAUGGUUGGAUGACGGGGAGAUCUGGAGCUGCUGCUGGCACUCGUCUGUCGGCCAAGAAAGAGAAGACGGUGGUCGAUGGGGAUGAUGUGGCAAUGGACGAUGCUGUCCAAGUAACGCCGUCCAAGGAUCAAACCGAUAGCAAGGAGAACGCGACACCCGUCACUGCGAACACCAAUGGAGGACGUGUUGCGGUCGCCCUGGGAACCCCCGCAACACCUCAGUCAGCAUCCGCAGAGAUUGCUGUGAACGGGCCGACCUCAUUUCCCAAUUCCGCUCCUCAACCUGAUGGCAGCGCGCCUGUGAGCACCGUAUCACCAGGCUCGAGCCAGACGACGGUUAUAUCGGCAACUGAGCGGCCUGCACUUACUGAGAUUGCGGGGAGUAAAGCUUCUCAGAGACCAAAUGCUCAAGAUAGCGCGCAUCCGGCGGUAGAGGAUGCAAAGCCCCGGCAAGACAGCGAGAACCAGUCUCCGAUGGACCAAGCAUCAAUGGCAAGCUUGGCCCAGAGCGCGAUGAAGGCUGCUUCCAAAUCGCCAAACCUCAACAAGGAAGUUCCCCGUGUAAGCCCCAAGCUGCAAAUUGCAGACUUGGUCAACGACACAGCCGGCUCUGAAAAUGCAGCCCGUCGGCCUCUACCAUCCAAGUCGUCCCCAGGCGUUAUUGAGCCAGCGCCACUCCGACACCCAUUGCCUCAGAAGCCCAGUCAAGGUGUUCAUCUCGACCAAAUGACGAGGGCUAGCCAGCAGCCUUCGCCCGCACUUUCGACGAAGAGUAUCAAAGAGGCACCGUCGCCGGCGUUGAACGGCCCGUUUCCUCAGCCUCCGCGGAGCGCUAGCGCGGCCAGCGGCGAGAGCGCUGCUCGCCGACCUGAUCCUCGCAUGAGCAUCGCGAGCAUGAGCAGCAGCAGUGCUCACGAUGACCAGGAACGAGGGGCGAUCAAGCAGACGGUGGUCAUCAGCACGAGCAACGGCACUGCGUCGGGUAGUAGCACUCCCAAGGUGUUGACGCACGCCAGCUUGGUCAACAGUGAGCAGUGGCGUGCAGUUCGGGCAUCGGAGUCACCUCGGGUCACACCUGCGGCGCUUCAAUCGCCUCUCAUCGACCGAAGUGCAGCGGCAUCUCCUGCUCUAGGAGGCAAGAGAGAUGUCGAGAACUUUAUCGACGUGUCAGAGUUUCACCAGGGCAGUCAGCACUGGGUGCAGCCGGGAAAAUUCCUGCGCUUCCACGCCGAGGACGAAUCGAGCAGCAUCGUGCGAAGCAAGCAAGAAGACGGCAUGGAGGCCGUUGUGGAUGCUAGUCUGGUCAAGGCAGCAAAGAUGGCGGGAACGACUGUACAGUUGGAGCUCAAGACGGAGAAGGGCGAGAAGGUUGAGCAGAAGCUGGUGUUUGAGGCCAACUCGUUGACGGGCAGCCAACGCGGAGCAAAGCUUCAAGCGACCAAGUUCUACAAAUGGCUGUCGGGAAAGAAUCCAGACAUGCAGCACCUGUAUUGA